AUGGCUGUUCCUGCAGAGUUUGUUUGCUAUGUCGAGCGGCAAGCACCCGCUACUGCCUCUUCAUCCUCCAAGAGGAGGAGAGCAGCUGUAGCUGCCGUGCUCCUUGCAGUCGCUAUCUGUGCUGCUGCUCUUCUCGUCUCUUCUCCGUCCGGCAAGAGUGUCGGCCGUGUCAACUUCCUGACGAUGAAAAGAAGUCAGACAACCUCGCUUGCAAGGGCGCAUGAUGUUAAGCUUGCAACACAGCUCAUCCGAGCAGCUCCUCACUCAUCCGUCCAGUCGAUGGAGCUCAUUUUGAAGCAUUGGCAAGAUCAUAUGGUUUCCAACUUAGAUGCGGACGUCAGCAGAGGUCUCAUGCUUGCAAUGGUGCCAAAGAACAUCGAGACCGCUCUGGAGGAAUCGGGAAAACUUUGCGAGAAGAAGGACAUCAUCUUCAGCAAGUUCAGCCAGCUCCUCGCAAAACUCUCCAAAGAGUCUAAGACGAGAAACGAGACCGAUCAAACUGCACAUGAUGCUCAAGUCGCAGCUACCGAGGCAUGGCUUGAUUCUGAAUCUGAAUACCGCCUGGAGGAAGAGAAGAAGAAGGAAGCUCUGGAUGGAGCUUCAUACGCUCGUGCUGAGUAUGAGAAGUGGGCUGAAACGGUGAAGCGUACCAGUGAACGUCUUGCUACGAUGCAAACGAAUUACGACAAGGAGAUGGCAGACAUCAACUCUCAGAGGUCUCUGAUCCAGGAGAUUCUUCGCCUAUUUGGUGUACUUGGCAGCGAGCCGCUAGAUUCAGCUACUGCAAAUGCAGGAGGGUACAUGGCGUCCGAGAAGGCUCAUCCUCUCACCCUGAAAGAGAUCAAGUCGAAGAUUUCACUGCUCAGGCAAGAGGCGGUCAACGGCGGAGCCAUCAAGCUUCAACUUGUCAACCAGCUUGAGUCCAAGCUUGCCAACUAUGCAGAGACAGACGAAGUGAAGAAGCUUCUGUCUGGCAUGAUCAGCGACCUCAAUACACGUGAGGAAGUGAUCAGUUCCGCGCUCAAACAGACUCAGGAAGAGCUUGAGAAGCACAAGAAGAAGCUUGUAGACUACGAAACGCAAGUUGUCGAUCUCUCCAAUGCAGCAGACAAGGCGCAGGAAUCAGCUGCUGCCCAGGACCUCAAGCGCCAAGCUUUGAACGGAAAGAAGAAGGACGCGUCGGAGAACUAUAAGAACGAACAUGCCGAGUAUGUCAUCGUCGCACCCCCAGCGGAUCGAGCUAUCACCAUCCUUGAGGUGAUCAUGAAGAAGAUCAACGAGUUUUGUGCUGCCUCGACCUCUCAGUAG